GAAACGCGGUAUUGAUGUUCAUUCGAUGAACACUUAUGAAUCUCUUAACGGCUUUUAAGAUCUUUCUCAAGUAUCUGCAGGUGCAUGUAUAUGGCAUUUCCCACAAGAAUCAAUAGUCAAUUCAUAAAUACACUUGUGGUGAAAAUUGAGAGGAAAGCAGAAGACACUGAAGCAUGGCUAACGAAUAUGAAUGUAUCUGGGGAACAAAUUUCUUCAUAUCUCACGGUCUGCUUACUACCAUUACAUGUUUCACUAUAUUGAUUGGUGUGUUAACUACAUGUGGAAACAGUCUUGUUCUACUUUCGAUUUAUAAAACACCUUCGCUACGAUCAUCCCACUUGUUUUUCCUGGGCUCGCUAGCUGUAGCCGAUCUAUCAGUUGGUAUUAUAACGAUGCCUAUGUAUGCGUCUGCUGCAUUGACUUGGCCGUUUUUACUGAAAAGCAACUCUUUCGAGAUGGUUUUGGAUUUUCUUGUCUUUCAGACAUUGAGUGCUUCUUCUCUUAGUCUCUGUGCCGUUAGCUACGACAGAUUCCUAGCUAUUAAGUAUCCUAUGAGGUAUACCUUGUUUAUAACCAAGAGAAAAGUCUAUGGGGGUUUGAUGUUUGUUUGGAUCUUUUCUGUAAUUCUCGGCAGUUGUAGUUUUUUUGUUACUGGAUACGAGAUCCGUCCUUCUGUUUACUUAAGAGGCAGUCUCUGUAAAAGCGGCCCACUGCAUUUCGGAUCAGAAAAUAGUUUUCCCUCAAACUUUUACCAUAGAAAGGUAAUUACUAUGGGCCGCUUUUACAGAGACUGUCUCUUAAUAGUUGUUUUCGUUUCAUUUGUCAUACCCUUUGCCUUCAUAGCUUUUUUCUACUUUAAAAUCUACAAAGUGGCAAGGCGUCAGGCAAGACAAAUUUCUAACCAAGCUAAUGUUUCAUGGACAACUGAAAAUUUGAGCAAAGAUGAAAGAAAUGAUGCGGAGAGGCGAACCCGCAAACGUGAUUAUAAAGCUGCUGUGACUAUUGCUAUAGUGAUUGGCACCUUUGCUGUUUGCUGGCUUCCCAAUUUGGUCAUCGGUGUUGUUCACUUUGCUUUCUCAAGAGAGAACGAGUGCAAAGCAGAAAGAACUGAACAGUUUUGGUUAAUAACUAUUCCUUUUGCGAUUUUGAACUCGGCCGUUAAUCCUGUGAUAUACGCGAUAAGAAAUAAAUAUUUUCGCAAGGCCUUCAAACAAAUACUACGGUUUUACGAAAACACUGAUACACUCUAGCGGCUACACCUUAUCUAAGCUAUAUGUUUAAAAAAAAACUAUUUAGUCUAAAGCUU